UGCGCCUCUCCCUCGCCAAAAGGAAUAUGGCUCUAACAUGGUCGCUGCGGCUGUUGUCGCUCGGGGCUCGGUUGCUUUCAGCUCCUCGACGGUACCUGACGGUCUGCGGUCCCGAAGAGCCCCUGCCUGUGGUGCGCAUCCCGCGGGCUUUACAGCGGCGGCAGCAACAGCGGCAGAGCGGGCAGCAGAGCCCCACAGUGCUGGUGCGACCUGGCCCGCUGCUAAUCUCGGCACGGCGGCCAGAGUUGAACCAGCCGGCGCGCCUCACGCUGGGCCGUUGGGAGCCCGCACCACUCGCCUCCCGUGGCUGGAAGAAUCGGCAGGCCCACCGGGAUCACUUCUCCAUCGAGCGCGCGCAACAUGAGACCCCAGCGCUGCGGAACCUCUCGUCCAAGGGGAGCUUUGCCGAUCUGGGUCUGGAGCCCAGCGUGCUGAGCGCACUGCGAGAGGCUGCUCCCGAAGUCGUUCGGCCCACAACCGUGCAGUCGAGCACCAUUCCACCACUACUUCGCGGUCGCCACAUCCUCUGCGCGGCGGAAACCGGCAGUGGCAAGACUCUUGGCUACAUACUACCUCUGCUUCAGCGGCUCUUGAGCCAGCCAAACCUGGACUCCUGUCGUAUCCCUGCUCCUCGAGGUUUGGUCCUUGUUCCUUCGAGAGAAUUAGCCGAACAGGUUCGGGCCGUGGCCCAGCCCUUGGGCAGCUCCUUGGGCCUCCAGGUGCAGGAGUUAGGUGGAGGCCAUGGCAUGAGGAGGAUCAGGCUGCAACUGUCCAAACAACCUCCAGCAGAUGUAGUAGUGGCCACUCCGGGGGCUCUGUGGAAGGCCCUGAAAAGUCAACUGAUCAUCCUAGAGCAGCUCUCCUUCUUGGUUUUGGAUGAGGCAGACACACUGUUAGAUGAAAGCUUCCUGGAUCUGGUGGACUACAUCUUGGAGAAGAGCCACAUAGCAGAAGGCCCAGCUGACUUAAAAGACCCCUUCAAUCCCAAAGCGCAGUUAGUGCUGGUGGGCGCCACGUUUCCCGAAGGUGUAGGCCAACUGCUGAGUAAAAUUGGCAGCAUAGACUCUCUAACCACCAUCACUAGUUCCAAGCUUCACUGCAUCAUGCCUCAUGUCAGACAGACAUUCAUGAGGCUGAAGGGAGCAGAGAAGGUGACUGAGUUGGUGCAGCUCCUCAAACAGCAUGGCAAAGCAUAUAGGACUGGCACCUCAGGAACUGUUCUGGUGUUCUGUAAUAGUUCUAGUACUGUGAAUUGGCUGGGAUAUAUUCUGAAUGACCACAAAAUCCAACACUUAAGACUACAAGGACAAAUGCCAGCCUCAAUGAGGGUAGGUAUCUUCCAAUCCUUCCAGAAGGGCUCCCGAGACAUACUUCUCUGCACAGACAUCGCCUCUCGGGGCCUGGACAGCACUCAGGUGGAGCUAGUUAUCAAUUAUGAUUUCCCUCUCACCCUGCAAGACUACAUCCAUAGAACAGGGAGAGUGGGCCGUGUGGGGAGCAAGGUACCAGGCACCGUUAUCAGCUUUGUGACCCAUCCCUGGGAUGUGAACCUGGUUCAGAAGAUUGAGCUGGCAGCUCGCCGGAAGCGAAGCCUUCCAGGACUCGGGUCCUCAGUGAGAGAGCCUUUGUGCCAGUCAACCUGAUUGCAGCUGGCUUAAAUGUGAUGCUGUAACAGGGAUCAUUCUUUGUGUGCUGGGUGGGUGAACACUUGUCAGUAGGAUGCUUGGGGCGCCUAUUCACCUUCCUGAAGGCCUGGUUAGCUGCUGUCUGGCUUCAGAAGACAAGCUGCUGGCCAGCAUUGGAGAGUGACCUGCUGAGCAUGGCUCUCUAUAGUCUUUCACAUAAUAAAAAAUAAAGUCGA